UUCUCCUCACCCUCCUCCAGAGGUGAUCCUGCUUGUUUUUGUAAUUAAAGACUACUCUACGUAUUCCUUGAUACACUAACGUCACGUAACACUAUGAUUAUAUUAAGCAUUUAAAACCUAUGUCUCCAACUGACAUUAUUCCAACAUGGCAUCUCAUGCAGGUGUUUGAUGCUAUUGGGCCAUGUAUUUCUCUAUAAUAAAUAAGAGUAUUUCUGAAGGGAUUGUUUCGGAAUAUUUUAAGCACGUAACUAUCAAACCCAUGUUGAAAAAACUAAAUCUGGAUGUAACGGUGUUAUCCAACUUUAGGACUAUUUCUAAUUUACCAUUUAUUUCUAAAGUUUUAGAAAAGGUAACUUCUACUCAAUUACAAACCUGUGUCCAAUGGUUUGUUUGAAACUUUCCAUUCAGGCUUUAGGAAACUUCAUAGUACAGAGUCUGAUCUUUUAAGAGUGUUAAAUGAUAUUUUAUUAUCUGUGGGUUCUGGUAAUUCAUUAGUACUUUUGCGUUUAGAUUUAAGUGCAGCAUUUGACACGGUAGACCAGUGUUUCUUAUUUCCUGCCUUGAGCACUACGUAGGUUUAAAGUUCUGAACUGAUUCAAAUCAUAUUUGAAUAAUAGGACUUUCUCAGUCUUUGUGAAUGGGAGCUCAUCCUCCAAAUAAGUUUUGACCUGUGGGGUUCCUCAAGGAUCUAUCCUUGCUCCCAUUUUAUUUUCUUCAUAUAUAUGAUCCUAUUGGGGUCAAUUUUUAAUAAACAUAAUAAAUUUCUUAAAUUUAAAUGAGAGUAAGGCUGAGGCAGUUGUGUUCGGGCCUCUAGUUGUCUCUGGCAAUUUAUACCAAGUGUUGGGUAACCUGGCCUCAUAUGUCAAGUCCUCAUAUGUCAAAAAUCUUGUUGUUUUUGAUUCUGCUCUAAAUUUUGAUAAACAGAUAAAUGCAGUAGUUAAAUCUAGCUUCUUUCAGCUAAGACUCCUUGCUAAAGUUAAGAACUUUUUAACAUUUGCAGAGUUUGAGAGAGUCAUACAUGCUUUUAUCUCAUUACAACUUGACUACUGCAACUCAAUGUACAUAGGUAUCAGCCAAUCCUAUAUUAAUUGCCUACAAACAGUCCAAAAUGCAGCUGCUACACUUCUGACUGGCACCCGCAAAUAUGAACAUAUCAUGCAAGUCUUACUCUCUUUCCAUUGGCUGCCAGUCUGUUUUAAAAUAGAGUUUAAAAUUUUACUCUUUGUUUUUAAGGUUUUAAAUGGACUAGCUAUGAGUACAAACACUUCAGCUAGACAGUUAAGAUCAUCCAAUCAGAGCCGGCCCUAAGCUGUGGAACAGCCUACCCCUCUCUAUUAGAUUAAUCUCUUCAAAAUCACUUUUCAAAGCAAAAUUAAAAACUCUCUUUGAGAAAGCAUAUAAUCAAUGAGUUAAAAUGGGCUUUGUCUAUCCAUUAAUUGCUGUAUGUGUGUCUUAUUUGUGUCUUAUUGUUAUUUUAUUUUGUUUUUCUUUCUGUUUUUGCUUUUUAUUAAUAUUGUUCAGCCUAAUGGUCAACCACUGUUGUUUUAUUGUGCUUUAUAAAUAAAUUGAGAUUGAGAUAGACUAAUGAGAGUCCGUAUUUCUGCAAAUCUGCGUAAGGAUAGGUCAAAUCUAAAGGCUCAAAGAAAAGAGCAUGUAGCACAUCAUGUGGGACCUUUGAGUUCUGUCUAUCACUGACUUAGCAAGUUGCAGUAUCGUGACUAAGAAAACUGCAUUUUUGUAUGGACAAGCAUGUGGCGGUUUGAAUCAAAUGCAUUAGUAAACUCUGGACCCUCUGACUAAGAAUCAGAAACUGAUGAAUUUGAAACAGGAAACACCUGAGUUCAGAGUAAGAGAAACUGAAGUGUAGUUGAGCUGUUGUGUGUUCGUGUCUCUGUAUUCAUGCAGUAAAAUGGCAGAAGCCAGAACUUCAGUGGAUCAGAAUGAGUUCCUGUGUCCAGUGUGUCUGGAUCUCCUGAAGGAUCCAGUGACCAUUCCCUGUGGACACAGUUACUGUAAGAGCUGUAUUACAGUCUGCUGGGAUGAAGAGGAUAAGAUGAGAGUUUACAGCUGCCCUCAGUGCAAACAGACCUUCAGUCCAAGACCUGCUUUAGCUAAAAACACCAUUCUGGCUGAAAUGGUGGAGAAACUGAAAAAGACUAAACUUCCUGCUGACUGUUACGCUGGAGCUGGAGAUGUGCAGUGUGACUUAUGUACUGGAAGAAAACCCAAAGCCGUCAAGUCCUGUCUGGUGUGUCUGGAGUCUUACUGUCAAAAUUACCUUGAACAACAUGAGAGUUGGUUUAAAGAAAAGAGACACAAUCUGACUGAAGCCACUGGACGACUGCAGGAGAUGAUCUGCCAGAAACACGACAAGAUCCUUGAGGUUUUCUGCCACACUGAUCAGAAGUGUAUAUGUGUGCUGUGUACGAUGGAUGAACAUAAAAACCACAACACUGUAUCAGCUGCAGCACAGAGGACAAAGAAACAGCUGAAGGAGAUGCAGAGGUGGUUCCAGCAGAGGAUCCAGCAGAGAGAGAAAGAUCUCCAGCAGCUGAGAAAGGCUGUGGAGUCUCAUAAGCGCUCUGCACAGACAGCAGUGGAGGACAGUGAGAGGAUCUUCACUGAGCUCAUCCGCUCCAUUGAGAGAAGCCGCUCUGAGGCCACACAGCGGAUCAGAGAUCAGGAAAAGACUGCAGUGAGUCGAGCUGAAGGACGACUGGAGCGACUGGAGCAGGAGAUCAAUGAUCUGAGGAGGAGAGACGCUGAGCUGGAGCAGCUUUCACACACACAGGAUCACAUCCAUUUCCUGCAGAGUUUCCAGUCUCUCUCAGCUCCUCCUGAAUCUACAGACGUAAAUGAUGAUCUCUUCAGUUCUCUCUCCUCUUUUGAUGUCGUGAGAAAAUCUGUCCGUCAGCUGAGGGACAUACUGGAGGAUUUCUGCAAAGAGGAGUUCAAGAAGAUCUUUGUCAGAGUCUCUUUCACCAACAUUGUUCCCAGGACCAGGAACGACUUCCUACAAUAUUCUCAUCAGUUCACUCUGGAUCCAAACACAGUGAAUAAACGCCUCCGUCUGUCUGAGAGGAACAGAGUGAUUACAUUCACUGACACAGAGCAGUCGUAUCCUGAUCAUCCAGACAGAUUUGAUGUGCUUCAGGUGUUGAGUAGAGAGAGUGUGUGUGAUCAACGCUGUUACUGGGAGAUUGAGUGGAGUGGUGGUGUGUAUAUAUCAGUAUCAUAUAAGAGAAUCAGGAGGAAGGGACGGCGUUAUGAGUGUUGGUUUGGAUAUAAUGAUCAGUCCUGGAAUUUGUUCUGCUCUCACUCCAGUUCCUCAUUCAGACACAAAAAGAAAGAGACUAAACUCCCUGUAGAGUCCAUCAGCAGUAGAAUAGGAGUGUAUGUGGAUCGCAGUGCAGGAACUCUGUCCUUCUACAGAGUCUCUGGAGACACAAUGAGCCUCAUCCACACAGUCCAGACCACAUUCACUCAACCACUCUAUCCUGGGUUUUAUGUUUAUUAUACUGGAUCAUCAGUGAAACUGUGUUGAUGAAUCAGAAUAGACUGUAGAGAGAUUCUACCUAUAAUGCUUUGAGCUGCAUGAUAAAUCACUGACAGUGAGAUGUUAUACAGUCUCCUAUUUUCUCUUCAUUACAUUAAAGGAUUAGUUCACUUUCAAAUAAAAUUUUCUUGAUAAUU